GUAACAAAACACGCCACAAGAAGAGGAAGAGAAAACGAGGACUUGGCGGGAACAUACCUACCUUUACGGUUCACUUCCCAUUUCUUGCUCAGACUUGAAGGAUACGGGGUUAUUCCUCAGCCAUUCUCCCUCUGAAGCAGUUGCCUUGAGCCAGACCACAAAAUGUCUCGACGAACCAAGAACAAGCCACGAAAGAAUGUUGUGGUGGAGAUGGAUGAUGAUACAGAAGAAGAAGAAGAAGAAGAAGAUUAUACACUAACCCAGUCUCAGGGUGCAUGCCAGCUUUCAGAGAAAGAUGUGAAGAAGUUGGCAGGACAAGUGUGUAACAUGCUGCUGGCUGCAGAGAUCAGGAAGAUUCCAUUAAAGAGUAGUGAUAUCAGGAAGGGUAUCACCUCCCUCAAAAGCAGGUCAUCUUACAAGACUGUGAUGAUUAAAGCAGGAGAAAUGAUGGAACAUCUGUUUGGCUACAAAAUAAUGUCAGUAAAAACCCACGGCUACAUCCUGGUGAAUACAGUGGGUAGCACCUUUGCCAAGUAUGAGCAGUUGCCAAGAAGUGAGGAAGUCAAAAGGGGACUCCUUAUUGCCAUACUUGCUGCUAUCUUUAUGAAUGAGGGAAAAAUGAGUGUAGGAGGUUUGGAAUCCUUUCUCAAUGCCCUUGAUAAUGAUUUGGGAUCCUCAUCUAGAGAUAUGAUUCAAGAAUUCCUACGGCAGAAAUAUUUGGAGAGUACAGUUAACGAUUUAACUGAACCACCUACAACCAUGUACACGUGGGGGGAUCGUGCCAAUGCUGAGUUCUGCAAGAAGAAAGUAUUGGAAUUCGUAUGCGAGGUCUAUGGAAACAUGAAGCCAUCUAUGUGGACCUAUCAGUGGAAACUUGUGAAUGAAGAGAAUGAUGGGAAAGAAAGUUCAUCAUGAAUCUGCCCACCACCAUCACUAUUUUGAAUAUGUUCUACCACUAAUGUGUUCCUUGCCAUACUCAUCACCAUCUUACCUGUGCUCCUCUAUAUUCACCAUCACCAUCUUACCUGCUCUGUUCCACCACCACUAGUCUUGUUUCUGUCCCCACCCAAAGUCAUCAUCCUUUACUGUGCUCCUUUUCAUCCAUCACCAACAUCUUGACUCUGCUCUGUUCCAUCACUGCCAGUCUUGUUUUUGUUUCUGCACACAGUCAUCACCCUCUUGAUUAUUUUUCUACAUCUCCCAUCACCACCAUCUUGAGUCUCCUCUUUUAACUCUACCAUCAUGAUUGUGAGUCUAUUUCCCCAACUCCAUCAUCACAAUCAUGGCUCCUCCACUACCAUCAUCACUACCAUAUUGACUGUCUUCCUUCACCUUCAUUAUCUCCCAUCUCCAUCUUUACUUUUCUUCUCCUUUCCCCUUCAUUAUCAUUACUUCUGCUACCAUCAUCAUCACCAUCUUGACUGUCUUCAUUCACCUUCACCAUUACUCACUUUACCUCUCUCAUCACUAUGUUUCCUCUCCUUUUCCCAUCACUAUCAUGACUUCCACUACCAUUAUCAUCAUUUUGACUCGUCUAUUAUCACUAUCAGACCCUCCAUCAUCAUAAUAAUGCUUGAGUCACCUUUUAAAAAAUUACCUUCAGUUGAUAUCAUUAUCACCCUCACAUCUGAUCAUAAGUUUUUUUUUUUUUUUUUUUUUUACGUUGAUACCUUACUGAAACAUUCCGAAUCGGACGAGUUAUGAGAAUUGAUCUUGCAUUAUGCCUAAAUUUGCAAACUUUUUUUUAUUUAUUUAUUUUAUUUUAUUUAUUUUUUUGUUAUGGCAAGAAAGGAUUCGGUUUAAAAGCUGUGUUGGAAAUAAAGAGGAUCUGUGAUUUGAAA